CCGACCGGAACCUGCAGAAUCUCCGUGUUUUCCGGAUCAUUCUCAGCUCCAGCAGCUUCUCUAAAGUUAAUAACAGAUAUAAAUCAGCCCAGGAUGCCAUGGAGGUUCCCGGCUCCGACAGCGACUGGAGGAGCCCGCAGUUCCGACAGAAAGUCGUGGCUCAGAUAGAGGAGGCCAUGAGGAAAGCAGGAACCAUGAACACCACGCCCAAGUCCAGCACAGACAUGGAGAACCACGUCUACAUCAAGGCCAAGACCCGGGAGGAGUACCUGUCCCUGGUGGCUCGGCUCAUCAUUCACUUCAGAGACAUCCACAAGAAGGCUCUCGGGGGUCCAGAUCCCAUGAAUGCCCUGACUAACCUGACGGGGGUCGGCGGGGGCCCGGGCGGCAUCGGCAUGGGGCCCCGCCCCGCCGGGGCCCCGGUGGGGGGCCUGGGGGCCCCGGUGGGGGCCAUGGGGGCCAUGGGGCCCAUGCAGAUAGGCCAGCAUGCCAUGGCCGGGGUGGCCGGGAACCCGCAAGCCAUUGUUCCUGGCUCCGCAGUGGGGGGGCCGGGCCAGAUGCCCAUGCAGCAGAUGGUGCAGCAGCAGCAGCAGCAGCAGCAGCAGUCCCUGCAGUUCCAGCAGUUCCAGCAGCAGCAGCAGCAGCAACAGCAGCAGCAGCAGCAGCAGAACGCAGCCCUGCAGCAGUUCCAGCAGAUGAGAGCCCAGCAGCAGCAGCAGCAGCUGCAGCACCACCAGAACCAGCAGCUGCAGCACCAGAACCAGCAGCAGCAGGCGCAGAGCCAGCAGCAGCAGAACCAGAUGCACCAGACGAGGAUGCAGCUGCAGCAGCAGCAGCAGCAGAUGCUGCAGCAGCAGAUGCAGCAGCAACACGCCCAGGCGCAGGCUCAGGCUCAAGCGCAGGCCCAAGCCCAAGCUCAAGCUCAGGCCCAGUCCAUCCAGCACAUGGUGCAGCAGCAGCAGCAGCAGCACCAGGUUCAGCCCCAGCCGGGCCAGAUGCCUCCGCACUCCCAGCAGCAGCAGCAGCAGCAGCAGGCCGGCCUGGUGCAGCAGAUGACGCCGUCCCAGCACGUCCCCAUCAACUCCCUGAGCCAGCAGCAGCAGCAGCAGCUCAAGAUCCAGGCCCUGCAGCAGGCCCGUGCGUCGCAGCUGCAGCAGCAGCAGCAGCAGGCGGCGCAGCAGGCACAGCUCAACGCCGCCGCCGCCGCUGCGCAGGCAGCCCCCUCUGUACCUGGACAGAUGGUCCGUCCCAACAUGCAGAACCUGGCCCGGAUGCCCCGCCCCCCCGUCAGCACCGCCAUCCCUCACGCCAACGCCGCCGCCAACGCCGCCGCGGUCGGAGCACCGGCCAUGACGCAGCAGCAGGUGCAGCAACACGCCAUGAUGUCAUCGCCCUCACCUGUGCAGGUGCCCACGCCCCAGAUGCCUCCGCCCCCCCAGCCGUCCCCCCAACCCCCCACGUCCCAGCCCAACUCAGCCAGCUCAGGUCCCACUCCGUCCCCGGGGGGGUUCCAGCCCAGCCCGUCCCCCCAGCCGUCCCCGAGUCCAGCCACCUCCAGAACCCCCCAGAACUACGGGGUCCCGUCCCCGGGGCCGCUCAACACUCCAGGAAACCCCGGCUCGGUGAUGAGUCCCGCCGGGGCCUCGUCCCUGGAGGACCAGCAGUACAUGGAGAAGCUCAAGCAGCUGUCCAAGUACAUCGAGCCGCUGCGCCGCAUGAUCAACAAGAUCGACAAAAACGAAGGUGGGACGCCGACGCCGCGGCACGCUUCUGUCACGGCCGAAAACAGGAAGAAGGACCUGAGUAAGAUGAAGAGUCUCCUGAACAUCCUGACGGACCCGACCACCAGGUGUCCCCUGAAGACGCUGCAGAAAUGUGAGAUCGCCCUGGAGAAGCUGAAGAACGACAUGGCCGUGCCCACCCCCCCGCCCCCCCCGGUACCCACCAAGCAGCAGUACCUGUGCCAGCCCCUGCUGGACGCCGUCAUGGCCAACAUCCGCUCCCCCGUCUUCAACCACUCCCUGUACCGGACCUUCGCCCCGGCCAUGAGCGCCAUCCACGGCCCCCCCAUCACCGGCCCCCCGGUGGGGGCCCGCAAGAGGAAGCUGGAGGAGGACGAGCCCGCUAUCCCCAACAUCCUGCAGGGGGAGGUGGCCCGGCUGGACGUCCGCUUCCUGGUGCAGCUGGACCCGGGAUUCUGCAGCAACAACGGAACUGUGCACCUCGUCUGCAAGCUGGAUGACAAGAACCUGCCCAGCGUUCCUCCUCUGCAGCUCAGCGUUCCUGCAGAUUAUCCGGAUCAGAGCCCGUUCUGGACCGACGACCGGGACCAGUACGGCUCCAACGUUUUCCUGCAGUCGGUCCACCGGAAUCUGACGUCCAAACUGCUGCAGCUGCCGGACAAACACUCUCUGACGGAGCUGCUGAACACGUGGAGGCAGAGCGUCCGGCAGGCCUGUCUGUAACCCCGUCCCCUACAUGAGGCCCCGCCCACCGAUGCCCCGCCCCUCCUGUAGCCCCGCCCACCCAGGCCCACCACCUCCCGGUGCAUCCUGGGAAACACCAAACACUGACGGAGCUGCUGAACACGUGGAGGCAGAGCGUGAGGCAGGCCUGUCUGUAGCCCCACCCCCUCACAGAGGCCCGCCCCUCAUGUAGCCCGCCCCCUGGACCCCCCAGUGCACCCUGGGUAACAGCAGAGCUCCGGGUCCCGCCCGUUUCCACCGACUCUCUCUCUCCGAUUGUCCCUGAUUCUGUGUCUGUUUUUGUUUUCGUUGAAAUAAACGGUUUUUCUCACUUUAAACCCCGACGCUCUGAGCUAACGCUAACGGUCCGCUGGUCGUCGUCGUGAUGACCAGCUGGAUCGGGGAGAGGGGGCGGAGCCUGGAGGAGGGGCGGGGCCAGGAGGAGGGGGCGGAGCUUCAGGCUCAUGACUGACAGGAAACAUCACAUUCUGGUGGACGAGCUUUAUUUUAGACUGCAGAAGAAGAACUGGACACGCCCCCCCGUGAUGUCAUCACCCCCCCCUGUGAUGUCAUCAGAUUCCUGAGACCUGUUUUUGUGGCGAGUGGGCGGAGCUAAAGCGAGUGGGCGGAGCUAAAACCACCGCCUGGAGCUGGACAGGAUGUGAUAUUUUAUUUUAUUACAAUUAUGUUCAUUUGAUAUAUAUUUUGGAACAUUUUUAUUUACAUUUUUCUUAUAGAUGUUUUAUGUUAAAAUAAAAUGCUUUUUCCUCCA